CCCUGCCGCGAGCAGCUCCUCUUCUCCGCCCAGUGGUUCGGGUGGGAGGUUGCUGGCUGGGUCUGCUCGAGCGAGCCCUGACGGGAUUCUUUCCUUUUUUUUCCCCCCCCCUCUCAGCCUUGCGCGCGCCUCCCAACGCUUCUGGGACAACGAUGCAGUUUAUGUUGCUUUUUAGUCGCCAGGGAAAACUGAGACUUCAGAAGUGGUAUGUCCCGUUAUCUGACAAAGAAAAGAAGAAAAUCACAAGAGAACUUGUUCAAACAGUCUUAGCCCGUAAACCGAAAAUGUGCAGCUUUUUGGAAUGGAGAGAUCUGAAGAUUGUCUACAAAAGAUAUGCAAGCCUCUAUUUCUGCUGUGCCAUUGAAGAUCAGGAUAAUGAGUUAAUAACCUUGGAAAUAAUUCAUCGUUAUGUAGAAUUACUUGAUAAAUAUUUUGGAAGUGUCUGUGAACUUGAUAUCAUCUUUAAUUUUGAGAAGGCUUAUUUUAUUUUGGAUGAAUUCCUCUUGGGAGGGGAAGUUCAAGAGACCUCAAAGAAAAAUGUUCUUAAAGCCAUUGAACAGGCAGAUCUAUUACAAGAGAGCCAGAAUGAAGACUGGGGAGGUUUGUCUGAGGAUAUCUUAUGAUUAAGAACAAUCUAAAGCCUUAGCGCUUUGGCCCCUACCUGUACAAUUGGAAGCAGAGACCCCUCGUAGUGUUCUUGAAGAGAUUGGACUGACAUAAAUCUUCUUUCUGAUGUCUUAACAGUGUCCCAUAUAACUGUAAAUGUUCACUGCCUCCAUUUAAUGUUAGCUAAUGGUGUUAUGAUGCUAUUUGUCAGUAUUAUUGUUCUGCUAAGCUACUUAUAUUCAGGUCUACAAGAAAAAAUAUCUAUUUAUUAUAAAGUUUAGAAAGUUUUAAAACCUUUUAAAAUGGGGCGGGGGGUUACAGCAAUUUAAGCCACAUUAGUUUUAAAGCAUUAAGUCAUAGAUGACAAUUUCAGUAAUUAUAUUUUGUGAAUUACUUUGCCAACACAUAAUGUAUCCAAUACUGUUAUAUGUUAUAUGCUGAAAACAAUUACAUGUGGUAAUGUGAAAUGUGUUAACAAAGAAACUUGGCUUUGUAUAGCCAAAGACUUUUAUUAUAAAGUCAGUAUUUCUUAAAAGUCAGUUUAGGUUGUCACAGAAGAUUAAACAAGUAUUUACAGCUGUUUUAUUUAUACCAAAGAAUCACAUUAAGAUUUCUAAGUCAAACUGUUGCAAGCUGUCAUGGCAGAUUCAUUUCUAACAAUUCAGUUGUAAAUGUUAUAAACAUUCCUUGGAAUGAAAUUCUAAAUUCAGUUAUCCAAUUGAGUUAAUAUAUUGCAAAGGGAAUAAAAACUGAAGUUAUAUGAAGCGUAUUACUAUAAACAUAAACAUUCCUUGGAAUGAAAUUCUAAAUUCAUUUACCCAACUGAGUUAGUAUAUGGCAAAGGGACAGUAAAUUGCAGUUAUAUAAAGCGUGUUACUUUAUAUAAGCAUAAAUACUGAAAUAGUCUUUUCAAAAGGGUAAAAUAAAAUUCAGACAUCAUUGAAAUACACUUGACAAAAAGGGACUGUUAGAAAACAUCUACUUGUUACCAGUAUUAUCUGAUGUAUGUUUAAAAUAAUCUGAACAGCUAUAUUACUAAGUGUAGCUGCCUGCUAAUAUUCCACCUUAGAUUCUAGAUUUAAUCAUUGUGCAUUUUGAACACAGCAGAGAAGCAGACCUUACACCAUGCCUUUGCUCAGCUUGUUCACAGUCUUGGCUGCCGUGGUAUGCGUAGGCACAUUUUUCAGUGUAGUAUGUCUGAAACAAAAUAGGACUUCUAAAUAUGCAUAGGGUCAGACUGCAUGGAUAUUACAAAGCCAUAUUUUGUUUACCUUCAUGUGCAUUUUGCUGAAUAUCCUGUAAUACAUUUGAAGCAAACUUCAUUCAGAGCAUUUAUUUCUGGAAGUAGUGUUGCUUUACAUAGGUGUGUGUGUGUGUUUUCUCAUAUGUAGACCUCUUCAAUAACGUAACUACUAAAUUCCCUUCCGGUGGAUCAAUUUGCUAUAAUUGAUGUUUCCAAACAUUGUAAUGUAUUAGUAUAAACAAUGCCACAUCAGAAAGAUUAUUGUAUCAUGUAUCAUGCUGAGUCCAAUAGAAGUAUUAUGGAAUUAAUGAUGAUUACAUAAAGUACAUACACUGGAGUCCUGUUCUAUGUUUAACUUAAUGGGAACUAGAAGAAUGAAGUUCACGUGGCCUUAGAAUGGUCCAUUGCUAUGUGUGAUGGUGAAAUAGGGUGGAAUUACUUGACAUUUUAAAAUGUCAGAAGCAACUUUUUGUGCAUUCAAACCAUGUUUAAGGUCUGCACUGUUGCCUUGUACGUGUUUGUUUUAAAAAAGCGUUGUGAUGUGAGAUAAGCUGUGUAGUAUCACACCAGUUUAGUUGUAAUAAAUGUCCAUUUUUACUCCA